AUGCAGAAUCCAUCUUGCUUGCUAUAUGGCCCAGGGGAUGCUCGUUUCGAAGACCGGCCAAUGCCACAGAUCGAGGAUCCUUACGAUGUAAUUAUCCGCAUCGCCUACGUGGGGGUCUGCGGAAGUGACGUUCACUUUUGGCUUCAUGGCGGGAUCAAGAAUUUCGUCUCCCAAGAGAGACCCCUUGUCAUGGGCCACGAGGCCUCGGGCAUCGUCCACGCCGUGGGACCAGCCGUAAAGGGCCUACAACCAGGUGACUCCAUCGCCAUCGAGCCUGGCUCCGCCUGUCGUCUUUGCAGUCGCUGCAAAGCAGGACAAUACAAUUUAUGUCCGGAGAUGAAGUUCGCUGCAAAUCCACCCUACACCCAUGGAACUCUGUCAAAAUACUACAAGAUGCCUGCAGAUUGUUGCUACAAGAUCCCGAUCAACCUGGAAAAGCCAUUUGGUCUCGAUGAAGCUGUGUUGAUUGAGCCACUUGCUGUAGCGGUGCAUUCGGUUAGACAGGUUGGAGUUCAGCCUGGCGAUAAAGUCGUUAUUUUCGGGGCUGGAACGAUUGGAUUGUUGUGCGCGGCUGUUGCGAGAGAGUACGGUGCAAGCUUGAUUACUUCGGUGGAUAUCAGUCGCAAGAAGCUUGACUUUGCGCAGUCCUUUGUGUCUGAUGGACGCGUGAAAUUUACAACGGUCAUUCCAGACAGUUCUCUUCCUGCGGAGGAGAAUGCUAGAGCUCUGUAUGCCACGCAGCUGGGCUCUGCCUCGGAAGCAGAUGUACCUGGCUUCGAUGUUGCAAUCGAAGCCACCGGCGCGGAGCCAUGUAUCCAAAUGGCAAUUCAUGCGCUGAGGGUAGGAGGUUCCUUUGUUCAAACUGGCCUCGGGAAUCCAAAUGUCAACUUUCCUAUCACGGUGGUCUCCAUGAACGAGAUCACCGUCAAGGGGUGCUUCCGAUACGGCCCAGGUGACUACAAGGUGGCGCUGGAACUGGCACUGAUCGGGAAGAUCGACUUGCGAUCCCUCAUUACCAAGGUGCUUCCUUUUGAGAAGGUGACUGGUGCAUGGGAAACGACGAGGAGAGGCGAAGGUAUCAAGACGCUGAUUCGGGGAGUGGGGUUUUCAGAGGAUGGGAAGCAGGAGAGUUGA